GAAGAGAGGCUGCCCAGGAAGGAUGUGAAGUGCAGUUCACGCCUCUUCCCCAGGGCCUGGGACCUGAAGCAGCUGCAGGUCCAGGAGCGCCCCAAGGCCUUGCAGGCUGAGGUGGCCCUGACACUGGAGGUCUUGGGGAACAUGACUGGCUCAGGCCUGCCCACCAUCCUGGGCCAGCCUCUUCACACCCUGAGAUACAUCCACUCCCAGCUGCAGACCUGUACACAGCCUCAGCCCACAGCAGAGCCCAGGCCCCCGAGCCGCCGCCUCUCCCGCUGGCUGCACAGGCUCCAGGAGGCCGAGAAGGAGACCCCUGGCUGCCUGGAGACCUCUGUCACCCACAACCUCUUUCGCCUGCUCACCCUGGACCUCAAGUGUGUGGCCAGCGGAGACCAGUGUGUCUGA